CCAUCGCAGACUCGUUACCCCUCCCCGCUCCCCAUCUACGGCGGCACUGCGAAGCCGGAGCCGUGACUGGAGCGGAGCCAGCCGCGGCCUUUUCCCCGCUGCGCCAGUCUCCCGCCGCAGAAUCGCAUGUCCUCUAUCCAGAACCUCCAGCCCUUCGACCCCUUUGCUGAUGCAACAAAGGGUGACAACUUACUCCCAGCAGGGACUGAGGAUUACAUUCAUAUAAGGAUUCAGCAGCGAAACGGAAGAAAGACGUUAACAACUGUUCAGGGAAUUGCAGAUGACUACGACAAGAAGAAACUUGUGAAAGCCUUCAAAAAGAAAUUUGCUUGUAAUGGUACUGUGAUUGAACAUCCUGAAUACGGUGAAGUUAUCCAGCUUCAAGGUGACCAGAGGAAGAACAUUUGCCAAUUCCUUUUGGAGAUUGGCAUUGUCAAGGAAGAACAACUGAAAGUUCAUGGUUUCUAAAAUACCUGUACUCUCAUGAAGAAUCCUGCAGUAUUUGGUCUUACCUAGCCUGGUUCUUCUGUGAAAAAUGAAUCUUUGCAGUGAAUGGACUUCCCUAUUACCUGAAUGUUUAAAAUCUGGUUCAGAUUUGCAUGACUGUGUGAAAUGUGUGGCGUGUAGACUGGAAUCACAUAAGAAAACUUCAGUAAGGUGGUAAUUUAGACAAUUGUGAACUUCAGCACAUUUCCAAUGGAAAUGUUUUAGUGAUGAUUGUUCAGUUUUACUCUUCUUCAUCUGACUUAUCUGUGUGGGUUGUCUUAAAAUAGUAUGUGUUGCUUAAAAAAUAAAAGUUUAUUCAUGUAUUUUCUGGAAUAUCUUUAAAUGCUUUAGCUUAUGGUUUAAACGAGUAUAGUAGCCUUGCUACAGAAUGGCUAAAACUGUUUUGUGGCAAGUACAUCUCACUGCUUAUUGAAUAAAUUGACAAAUCUAUGUGAUGAACUAUUAGCUAAUUAAUAGAUGAGCUUGAUGUGAUCUUAUGCUAUAGUGGUAAGAUAAGAGCUUUAAGUCUCUUGUGUAGGCAUAUCUUGGUAGCAGUGUGGUAGGACAUUGUUUGCUGAGUAACUGAACCUUCUCUCCAAAAUUUACUCCAGUCAUUGUGUAGUAGUAGUGUUAAGUAUAAUAGGACUAACAUAAGCUGAAAUACUUAAAGCUGCUGUUAUUGAGAGAUGUUAAACAUCUAGGUCUUAGAUACUACUGCCAAAAGAUUUGAAGGAAGUACAUAGAAUUUUGUAUCUCUUCCCCUAGUGAGUGAAGGGAAAGGAUCUUGAGUUGGAUUCUGCAAUGACUGAGCAUUUAAUGUUGGCAAGCAGAGUACUUUAGUUAGCUGGUAGUGUUAGCUGCAGAAGUAAAGGAAGGAACAGGCUCUACACUAAACUUUUUUGAAAAGCGUUACUGUGAUUAAUGGUUAACAUGGAGGUUUACUGCUGUGGGGUUUGGGUGUUACUACAGAAAGAUGAUUUGGGCUACUUUUCUAGCAAUUAAUUAAUUUGGUGUUAUUUGAAGUUGUUAUAGCUUUUUAUUACCAAGCUCCUCAUCUAAUUUUAGUUAGCUGUCAGUGUUUGGUAUUCUGCUUGCAAGAUAAGACUAUUAACAGAAUGAAGUGAUUUAACCUGGUCAAACAUGAGGCUACUUUAUUCUUUGUGAGGUAGACAUGGAAAUCUUCUCUGAAACAACUGAAACUGAACUGAGCUGGCAAGCUGUAAGAACAGUGGAGAGUUGUUUUUUGUUUUUUUUUUUUAAAAAAAGCCUUAUGUCAUGUAUUCCUUGUAAGAAAGGUAUCUUUACUACUGAGACUUAUCAGCAGCUUAUUCAGGAAAAAAUUUGACUACCUAAGUAGUCAAGAAAUGUACAAAACAUUAGUUUUUACCACCUCUAUCCAUACUCUUUCACGUUCAGAGACUUGACUUUCUAGACAAAUGCUAAAUUCUAACUCAUUUGAAUUCAUUUAGAUUAAUUUAGAUAGGAACCUUUAUGUCACUAACAACAAUUAAGGAAGCAUUAUAGAGCAUUCAUAUGACAACUUUGUACUCUCUUGUCUAGGUAAUUCUACUUGUCAGAAUCCAGUGUCGCGUCUCUCCACAAUUCUUUCCUGGUGUUAUAGUUUGUACUGUUUCAGAAAAUGUCAGCACACACAACUAAAAUCCAAAGACUAAAUUUUAUGCUAGUCUUAACACUUUAGUGGAAUAAAGUCAUUGUACCACAGGUUUGCCUAGUCCUGAUUCAUGAGUAUUAAAAUGAUUAAUCCUUUGGGGAUAUGUAGCACAUAAUGACCUCCAUUUUAUCAAAUACCAGAAAGACACUUAAAGCUUGUUCUUCUGCCCAAUAACAACAACAAAAAAAAGGCAGUACUGUCUUCUAUUUCAGUGGAACUAUAUGAAUACUUCUAGUGGGUUUUUGAGCUAGAGAUAACAAAUGAUUUACAAGUCUCUCAUAUUACUGAGUCAGUCUUCAUUUCAGAUGAUGUUCCGUUAACUUUCACUACCAAAGCUUGAGGCAUUUCUCUGUAGUCAUUCUACUUGAAAUAAGAAAAAAAAAACUUUCCCUUUUUUGAAAGUCCUUUCUGACAGGAGGAAUCUCAAGUUGAUAGGGAGCUUGAUUUUUAUGCUGUAGUGGUAGAGUUUUGUGCUUUGACCUUUGAAGGUCAAAAUUGAGAAAACAAGCAGUACAUUUUGAGUUUAAAUAGAUGGGAUUUGUGACAGCGAACAGAACUCCAUCUUUUAGAGGGGGAAAGAAACUUCUUGCAUGUUUUUUAAGUAAGAAUAGUGUCUUGAUGAGAUUGGGCUCAAGGUUAGCUACAAAUCUCUGCAUUUUACAGAGGAAAGGCCUCUGCAAUUUCAUAUUCUAUUGUGUAAUACUAAAAAUUAUGUCUCAGAGCUCAGCUUACUUGAAGUACAGGCCCAUGUUUCAAGAAUGCUGGAGCACUUGAGACUUUAGAAAAGAAUUAUACAAGACUGUUUCCACAGUGAAGGCAGUUUCUCAAUCUUUCCAAAUAUUUCAAAGUAAGUCAGAAAAUAAGAUAGGAUGUCACCCAUAGUAGCUGAGACAAGAAAAGGGAGCUAGUAAUAGAAAAUACUUCUAAAACCCAGUGAUAAGGAUUGAGAGUGUGCAAGCUUGGAUGCCAAAGUGGUUGUUUCUUUUUGUUGGCAUAUGUACACCAAAUCUCCAGCCCUGCCUCCUGAGUGAUAUUUAGGCAUAAUCACCAGCUCUGGUUGGGUGUAUGGACUGUUGUUUCAAAUUCAUAGCCUUGAUACACAUAGGUAUGUUAGGCUAUUGCAGCUGGCUUUCAGCUAAUGAACUGGAGUAAGCUGUUGCAUCACUUGUUUGAAUUGUCUGUUAAAGCCUAUUUAAUGCAGCUGUGAGCAAUGAGACAAUUGCUUCUCAAACUGGCAGCAGUCAGUACUUGUAGAGGAUGAGAUGUGGUGGUUAAAGUAUGUAAACUUUCUACUUGUGUAAAUAUCAGACACUUGACCUUCACCCGUGGUCUGUCAAAUUUGGCACAUUCUUUGCA